UGCAGACUCCUGGCAGAGAGGAGGAAAAGCAGCUUCCUCCUGUUUGUGUGCAGAAAAGUUGGAGGAGAGGACGGACCCAGGACCUGAAACCUGACCACGGAGCCUCCUCCUCCUGCUGCUGGCUUUAACUCAAACCAGAUGGUGUCCCGCUACUCCACAGCAGCUCCAGCCUGAUGCGUGGCUCCAGCGCAGGAGGUAAAGCAGUUUAGACGAAGUAGGAGAAGAUAAUGAGGGGAGGACGGCGCAGACUUGACUUCGAGGAGUCAUACAGUGUCCAUUUAAAGGAGUGAGCUCGGAGUUUGCGGAGUUCGUGGCUCCUCCGUCUGAUCUCAGUUCCGCGCACGGCUCAGCAGCACGGCAGUCACGGCCUCUCUUGCGCGCGCACCCGUGUCUUCGGGACACGUAAAAGCAGGACUUUAUUUUCUAAUGAAGGAUUCAAACUGCGCAUGCUCUGUGCUGACCUAAGUGGGCUCAGAUUGAGCUGACGGAGGUGAUGGAGGUGACGGAGAUACGGUGAAGCUCGCGCUCCGGUGAUGCGGUGCGUCCCGCUGCUCCGCCGGCGCUCCGGCCCGCCCCUGCUGCUGCUCGCGCUCCUGCUCGCACUCUGUGUGUACCUGAUGGUGGGGGACGAGCCGGUGCGGUCAGAUGUGUGCUACAAGGUACCCUCGCUCCAGAUGUUGACCCGCAGGUUCGUGUGCACUCUGGAGGCUCUGCAGAGACACGCACAGUUGCAGCUCUCGUCUCAGAGGACCCCCCACCGGCACCGGGCCGUGGUUCUGACGGGGCGACACCCGACCUCAGACACCGAGGUCCAGCUGUACCAGAGAGUCCUGCAGCAGAUGGACUACGAGGUCCACCUGUCCAGAUACGCCGAGACCAGCAGCUUCCUGAGGAGCACGCAGGGCAUUGGUGGGUGGAGCCUCCUGCUGUGCCUCAGCACGUCAGAGCAGAGCUGUCUAAGGAGGAUCUCCUUCUCUCACCUGCAGCGUCAUCAGACGGUGAACCUGCUGCCUGGGCUGAUAGAGGCAUUUUCAAAUGUAGGUGGAGGUCUGUGUCACUUCUAUACACACUACCAGCUGACAGAGUCUAGUUUACCCAUGAACCCUCAUGCCUGUGGAUCGACCAAUCAGAAGGUGCAGAUUCCUCUGGACAGUUUCCCUGACAGCCAAGCCCCGCCUCCUGCUCUGGUUGCCAUGGUGAAUGUUUAUGUCCUGGUAACCUCAGUGACCCCGCUGACUUCUUUCCUGCAUGACAUCAGCGUGGUAAUGACCAUUCAGCAUCCGAGGGGCCAACCUGUGAAGCUCAGGGACUUCCUGCUGCAGCACCUCGAUCCAGCAGCCUCCCAUCAGGCUUUGAGGCAGGUGAAGCAGGUGAUAAGUAAAGUGCUGCAGGCGGCUGCAGCAUCAACCAAUAAGAAGCAGCGAACCAUAAGCAGGUGUGUGUUGUGCUUCCAGCUGCUCACCUUUACUUUGUUCUUCAGCGGCUCUGUCACACCUGUGGUAGUCCAGUACGGUGGCUGUACAGGGACACUUGGCGUCUGUUUGUCUGAAGAUGAGUUUCUUCUUCUGCUGCACUUUCAGUUGCUGAUGAAGACCUCAUCAGCGUUUCAGCCGCUCUUUCCCAGUGUUUCCUCCUCCUCAUCCUUGCCUCGUGGCCUCUCUGACCUCCUGACCCAGAUCGAAGGUUUCUACAAGCUGAAAACAAACAGGAGCUGCAGGACAGACGAACCGCCCAGUCAGCAGCCAGCUCUGUCUUCCUCACAGGACGAAGGUCUCUGUGUGGACCCCCACCUUCGACAGAUCUACACAGACCCCCCCCUCAUUCUGAACCCCCCGUUCCAUCCCCUGGUGAAGGAGUACCACGCAGAGGUGACCUUUGACACCAUGACAGUUCGGAUCCGGCCGGAGCCUGUCAGCUCGGCCUGCAGGAUCCACCUGGAUGAACACAGAGGUCCCAGGAUGGCGAACUACCCGGUUGGCCUCGGCAACAGCAAGAUCAGCAUCCUGGUGAUGGACGGCAGCCACCCGGAGCCUGUUAUCAUGUCCAUCUACACUGUCCACGUUUACAGGGAGAGUCGGCCCAGCCUGCCCAUGUUUGGAUAUCACGUGAUGUGCAGCUUUGUGCAGGACUGCGGUCUGCUGGUCCAGCCGGAUCGCUCCUGCGGUCUUCAGCCCCACAGCGAAUCCCAGAGUCAACGUAAUGCCUGCAGCUCAGGACAUGUGUCAGGACGCUGGGUUGUUCCAUGCCUCAGCUGUUCUGACAACAGGACGUGCGACUGGAGGGAAGUUUCCUGGCAGGCAGAUGGUUGUUAUCACCCAAUAGUGGACCACCCACUGCUGCAGGACUGUAUGAAGGACAGAAAGCUGUUGUUUAUCGGGGACUCAACAAAUCGUGGGAUGAUGUACUUCCUGAUGGAGAGGGUGAACUCCACCCUGGAGGACUGGGGCAAAGCUCACGACACGCUGGUCUACAGGAACCUGAACAGAGGACGGACUCUGGUCAGCUACUCGUACUAUCCUCAGUUCUGGCUGGAGAAGAAGCAGCGACCCACGUUCAGGCAGGCUCUGCAGCAGCUGCUCAACAGGUCUCAGCCUCUGGUGAACUCUAACCAAACAGUUCUGGUGGUGGGAGGAGUCCAGUGGCUCAACACCAAUCACCUGAGGACAGUCAGUGAAGUGCUGGACAGUGAAUCUCUCAGUAACAUCCUGGUGGUGGUGAAGUCUUUAGGGAUGGGCUUCCAUCUGCCUGUGGACGGUAUCAGGUCUCUCAGUCUGACAGAGAUACAGGACCUAUACAGGGAGAACGACGACAUCAUCACCACCGCCAAGCAUCAUGGGUACGAAGUGAUUGACACGUUCAGCAUCACGAUGGGUCGAUACAAAGAGUUCCUGCAGGGACGCUGUGCCUGUCACUUUCACGAGGUGGAGAAGUUUUGGUCCACAAAACUUUCCAGUGACAGAACGUCCACCGCGAACACGACCAGAACAGAGACAACUGUACAUACACUUGGCAGCCAAUCAACCCUGCCAGACACGGAGCAGGAGGCGGGGUCUCAACCCACAACCUAUCGUGUUAGAGGACCAGUGAACCAAGUAUACUCUGAGAUCCUUCUGAGCCGCCUGUGUCCCAUUACCCGAAACUGAACACCUAGGAGGGGCCAGGUGAAUCCUGCGGGAGAGUCACCUGUCCCCCUCCAGGACGUGGACUUCAGAGAGGGGUGGGGGACUCAAUGGUGGAGGUGGAUUAUUCAGAAUGAACAGAAGCAUCACUGUGCAGCUCAGGAGCACCAAUCCGACGCGACGCUGAGGGUCUCAGACUCAGCUGCUGGCUUCUAAUAAGCAGAAGUUACUUGAGAUAGCGCUCAGCUGGUUCCUGCUGCUCGCAGAUGUUUAAAGCUUACAGCAUUUCAGUCCCAGCAGCAGGACUGUUAAUCUCUGACCUUCUGCUGGGAUUUUCCAUUUCAGAACCAGAAAAAUCCUCUGCUGUAAUUCUGCUGACUGCACCAGCUGCUUCUCGCUGGCCCGUGUGUUUGACAGUGAUAUGAGUUAGCGUGGAUUCAAGCAGCUGCUUCCUGAUUCAGACUUAGCCUCAGGCCUCACUGAUUGAUCGAUUCUGUAUGUCAGACCAGUUUUAGCUCCAAAGACUCGAUGAAAGCUCUUCAUCAUGUGACAGAAGCGUCUUUUAUGACUCUGCUUAUAUUUCUAUAUUUUUCUACAGAUGUAUAAUGUGUCUUUUUAUAAGCUGAAAACAGAAGAAAUUAAUAUUUUUUAUGACUGUGCUCAUUCUGCUCUUCAUACAAAAAACAAAAAGUCAAACAAAAAAGUUUUUAAUCCUGAACUGUGAACACAUUCACAACCACAGUGCUUGGUCCUCACAAUGUCUUCACUCUAACAGACUCAGUCUUUUAAACACCGUCUCACUUAUGGCUUUAUAACAUUUAAUAAAACAUCAGUGGACAAAA